CUUCGUCUACUUCCUCACGCUAGGCACCCUAUACCAACUCCUGAGCCUAAUCAUGGAGACUCAGAUCCCGUACUCCAUCUUCUUCACCUUCCUUUGCUUCCUUUUCGUGAUCCACAAACUUUCAACUUCAAAGAAAUCCCUCAAAACCCUACCCCAGGACCAAGGAAGCUACCUCUCAUAGGAAACCUUCAUCAGAUUGGGUCACAGCCCCAUCGAUCUUUCAGAAACCUCGCAAACAAGUAUGGACCCUUAAUGCACCUUCAACUUGGACAAACAUCCCUCUUCAUCGUCUCUUCACCAGAAGUAGCCAAAGAGGUUAUGAAAACCCAAGACGUGAUCUUCGCUAAUAGACCCACAUGUUUUGCCAGCGAAACCUUGGCUUAUAACAGCACAGACAUAGCCUUCUCUCCGCAUGGAAACUACUGGAGGCAACUCCGAAAGAUUUGUACUUUGGAACUUUUGUCUCUAAAGAGGGUCCAGACAUUCAGAAGAAUAAGGGAAGAAGAGGUUUUUGCCUUUGUGAAGCACAUUUCUGAACAGUCAGGUUCUGCUGUGAAUCUCACCAGAAAAAUCUACCCACUCACAAAUUCGAUAGUUGCUCGAGCAGCCUUUGGUCGAAAGACUGGAAAUAUAGAAGAAAUUGUACCAGUUAUAAUGUCUGCGGUACAGAUUACAGGUGGCUUGUCAAUCGCUGAUGUCUGUCCUUCCUUGGAAUUCCUUCGUGUGAUCAGUGGGGCGAAAGAUGAAGCUGAAAAGGCGCGAAAAGGCAUUGAUGUGAUGCUUAACACCAUCAUCAAGGACCAUUUGGAAAAGGAUGGAGAUGUGGGAGAAGUAGAGGAGGAUCUCGUUGAUGUUCUUCUCAGAGUUCAAAAAGAGAAUGAUCUUGAGAUCCCCUUGACUAUGGACAACAUCAAAGCUGUCAUUUUGGACAUGUUCGUUGGCGGAACUGAAACAGCAGCAACAACAACAAUAGGGUGGGCAAUGGCCGAAAUGAUAAAAAAACCCACAAGUCAUGAGGAAGGCACAAGAAGAAGUGAGAAAGGUCUAUGGAAACAAAGGAUAUGUGGAUGAAUCAGAACUUCAUCAAUUAAAAUAUGUAAGCGCAAUUAUUCGAGAAACUUUGAGGUUACACCCACCUGUUGUGCUGUUACUUCCAAGACAAAACAGUGAGAUUUGUCAUAUCAGUGGCUAUGAGAUACCUCCCAAAUCCACUGUGAUCAUCAAUGCUUGGGCCAUUGGAAGGCAUCCCCAGUAUUGGAAUGAAGCUGAAAAGUUUCAACCUGAGAGGUUUAUUGACAGCUCAUCAUCAGUUGAUUUCAAAGGCACCAACUUUGAGUUCAUUCCGUUUGGUGCAGGAAGGAGGAUAUGCCCUGGAAUGUCAUUUGCUACACCAGUUUUAGAACUGAUAGCAGGAAAUCUGCUUUAUCAUUUUGAUUGGAAACUUCCUAAAGAGGAAAAGCGUGAAGAUCUGGACAUGACUGAGAUCUUUGGUGCUGCAGUGAAAGAAGAAGAAUGACCUGUGUUUAGUUCCGAUUGCUUACCGCCCUUAGCUAAUUUAUUGCCUUACUGGAAUAAUAUCAAUCAGCAAUCAAUAAGAGGCGAUAUGGCCUAUUUAAUUUGAAGCUAUUUUCUGUGGAAAUAACAAUGGACGAUUAUAUAUUUGAGAGCAUCCAGUAGAGGGUGGUGCUCAAUGUGUUGUAUCAUGUUUCUGUUGAAUAAUGUUAUUCAAGUAUACAUCUGUUUUUUUAAA